GUCACGUGGCAAAUGGGGAAAAGAAUACGUCUGCGCAAAGCCAGCUUUUAGUCACCCGGACUUUAUUUGUUGAGGGACAGGUGGCGACACGGCGUUUCUGAAUCUGCUCUUCAGUCUCUGUCGGCUCCGCCCUACGCUUACUUCCGGGCGACUGCCACUGCGCGGAUAGCCGCCCUGGUGGAGGGCAGCAAAAAACGAGGUGAGGAUUGGUAGUAGCCUCGUAAAGGUUAAAGCCUGUGUAUUUUGUGAAUGAUGAAAACACAGAUAGGGUUAAAAUAUUCCACAGCGCCAGCUCAAGCAUCCAGCUGACAAACCGUGGCUACCCCAUAUCAGACCCUCCGCUCCGCCUCCUAGCUAUCAUUGGUCAAAAGCUCCGCCCGGCAGCCCUGAGAUUGGCCAGAGGACGGUUUGCCGUGUCCAAUGGGCUGCAGCGCCGGCUUUCCCGCGGCGGUUCGCUAUUCGAGUGGGUUGCGGCGGCGGCGGCGGCGGCGGCAGUUGGGCGUGUAACGGUCGCCCGGCCCUGGCGCGACGAUGGCGGCCUUGGGGACCGGAGGCUACGUGCGGAACGAUGCAGUCGAGAAGCUGCCAACCAUCAUGGCGGGAGUUCCGGCGCGGAGGGCCCAGUCGUCCCCGCCCCCUGCUCCACCGCUCUGCCUACGGCGGCGGACGCGACUCACAGCGGCGCCAGAGGACGCGGUGCAGAACCGGGUAUCACUUGAGAAGGUACUUGGCAUCACAGCCCAGAACAGCAGUGGCCUAACCUGUGACCCCGGCACAGGCCACGUGGCCUACCUGGCAGGCUGUGUGGUGGUGAUUUUGAACCCUAAGGAGAACAAGCAGCAGCACAUUUUGAAUACUGCCAGGAAGUCUCUGAGUGCUCUGGCCUUCUCCCCUGAUGGGAAGUACAUAGUGACAGGGGAGAAUGGGCACAGGCCAGCUGUGCGCAUCUGGGACGUCGAAGAGAAGAAUCAGGUGGCGGAGAUGCUGGGCCACAAGUACGGCGUGGCCUGCGUGGCCUUCUCCCCCAACAUGAAGCACAUCGUGUCCAUGGGCUACCAGCACGACAUGGUGCUCAACGUCUGGGACUGGAAGAAAGACAUCGUGGUGGCAUCCAACAAGGUAUCCUGCAGGGUCAUCGCGCUCUCCUUCUCAGAGGACAGCAGCUAUUUUGUCACUGUCGGGAACCGGCACGUGAGGUUCUGGUUCUUGGAAGUCUCCACCGAAGCUAAGGUGACGGGCACGGUGCCCCUCGUGGGGCGCUCAGGCAUCCUGGGUGAGCUGCACGACAACGUCUUCUGUGGUGUGGCGUGUGGCCGGGGCCAGAUGGCAGGCAGUACCUUCUGUGUGUCCUACUCGGGCCUCCUCUGCCAGUUCAACGAGAAGAGGGUGCUGGAGAAGUGGAUCAACCUGAAGGUCUCCUUGUCUUCCUGCCUCUGUGUCAGCCAGGAGCUCAUUUUCUGUGGCUGCACAGACGGGAUAGUCCGCAUCUUCCAAGCCCACAGCCUGCACUACCUCGCCAACCUGCCCAAGCCACACUACCUCGGGGUGGAUGUGGCCCAGGGGCUGGAGCCCAGCUUCCUCUUCCAUAGGAAGGCGGAAGCUGUCUACCCGGAUACAGUGGCGCUGACCUUCGACCCCAACCACCAGUGGCUCUCCUGUGUGUAUAAGGACCACAGCAUCUACAUCUGGGAUGUCAAAGACAUCAACAAAGUAGGCAAGAUGUGGUCGGAGCUCUUCCACAGCUCCUACGUCUGGAACGUGGAGGAGUUUCUCCUUACUAUGAGCCUUUGUUCUGCAGGAAGUCCGGCAGACAAUACCAUCCGCUUCUGGAACCUGGACAGCAACCCCGACUCUCACUGGCAGAAGAACAUCUUCAGUGACACCCUGCUGAAGGUCGUGUACGUGGAGAGUGACAUCCAGCACCUGCAGGACAUGUCACACUUUCCAGACCGAGGGAGUGAGAAUGGGAUGGCUGUGGACAUGAAAGCUGGGGUGCGAGUCAUGCAGGUCAGUCCUGAUGGCCAGCACUUGGCUUCAGGAGACCGAAGUGGAAAUCUGAGGAUCCACGAGCUGCACUUCAUGGAUGAGCUGGUCAGGGUGGAGGCCCAUGAUGCUGAGGUGCUGUGCCUGGAGUACUCCAAGCCUGAGACAGGGCUGACCUUGCUGGCCUCGGCCAGUCGAGACCGACUGAUCCAUGUGCUGAACGUGGAGAAGAACUACAGCCUGGAGCAGACCCUGGAUGACCACUCCUCCUCCAUCACGGCCGUCAAGUUUACUGGCAGCAGAGACAUCCAGAUGAUCAGCUGUGGUGCCGACAAGAGCAUCUACUUCCGCAGUGCCCAGCAGGCCUCGGAUGGACUGCACUUCGUCCGUACCCACCACGUGGCAGAGAAGACCACCCUGUAUGACAUGGACAUUGACAUUACCCAGAAGUAUGUGGCCGUGGCCUGCCAGGACCGCAACGUCAGAGUCUACAACACCGUGAACGGGAAGCAGAAGAAGUGCUACAAGGGCUCCCAGGGAGAUGAAGGGUCCCUGUUGAAGGUCCAUGUGGACCCUUCAGGCACCUUCCUGGCCACAAGCUGCUCUGACAAAAGCAUCUCCGUGAUUGACUUUUACUCAGGCGAGUGCGUUGCCAAGAUGUUUGGCCAUUCAGAAAUCAUCACGGGCAUGAAGUUCACCUAUGAUUGUCGUCACUUGAUCACAGUUUCUGGAGACAGCUGUGUGUUCAUCUGGCACCUGGGCCCGGAGAUCACCAACUGCAUGAAGCAGCACUUACUGGAGAUCGACCAACGGGAGCAGCCGCAGCAGAACACGAAGGACGGGAAGUGGAGCAGAGACCCCAGGCAGGAAACGUGCACAUCCAUGCCCAGCGAGAUCUCUCUAAGCCCUGGAGAACAGACAGAGGAUGAGCUGGAGGAAGAGUGUGAACCUGAAGAGCUGCUGAAGACGCCAUCCAAAGAGAGCUUGGAUUCAGAUCCUCGGUGCCUGCUGACCAACGGCAAGCUGCCACUCUGGGCAAAGCGGCUGCUCGGAGACGACGAUGUGGCAGACGGCUCAGCCUUCCAUGCCAAGCGCAGCUACCAGCCACACGGCCGCUGGGCAGAGCGGGCUGACCAGGAGCCUCUCAAAACCAUCCUGGACGCCCGGGACCUGGAUUGCUACUUUACCCCCAUGAAGCCCGAGAGCCUGGAGGAUUCCAUUCUGGAUACGGUGGAGUCGCAGAGACUGGCGGGCCUGCUGAGCCAGUCAGAGAGUCCCCAAGAAGAUGGCUGUAGGCAUCCUUCCUUAACGCCCCCACAGAGGGAGUCUUCUGAGGUCAGUGAGCUCCUCUGCUCCCUGGAGUCAGAGGUGACAAUCACAGGGACAGACAGCAAGCCCUGCGCUGAGGAGGGAGAGGGGGCGCCUGGGGACCAGCAAGAUGACUUCUACCUCCGGGUCCCUUCCAUCACCUCCAAGGACCUGAACCCCCCUGAGGACUCAGGGGAGUCAGAGGCCGACUUAGAGUGCAGUUUCACCGCCGUCCACUCCCCUCCACGGCCAGACCCAGACCCUCCAUUUGACGUGGCGGUGCCCCCGGCACCAGGAUGCCCAGGUGCCACGGAAGAAUUGGCCCGGCCCGAGGUGCCAGGCCUCUCCAACGGCUCCCUGCCCCAGACCCCUGAGCAGGAGAAGUUCCUCCGCCACCACUUCGAGACGCUUACUGAUGCCCCUGCUGAGGAGCUCUUCCACGGAUCCCUGAGAGACCUGAAGGCCUCUGAGGCCAAGGAUGACUUCUUCAAUCCCCGGCUGAGCAUCUCAGCACAGUUCCUCUCUCGCUUCCAGAAGCCCUCCAGGUUCACCCACACCUUCCCUACCCGGCUGCCCCGACACCCCAUGCAGUCCCCAGAGGUCAAACUCACGGACCUUGCGGGCAGCCAGCCCAGAGCAGAGCCCCUGAGAGCGGGAACCGGCUAUACCUCCCCAGGCAGGACCAACGUUCUCUCUGCGGGCAAGGCUGAGGAGCCCCUCGAAGCCUGGUCCCCACUGACCUCCUGCCUCACAGGCCUAGCGCCCUGUGUCUCCUCCUCCUCGGUGCCACCCACAGAUAAGACGCCUCCGACGCCCACAGCCCUACCCACUCCAGGCCUGGCUCAGGGUGUUCACACCCCUGCCACCUCCUCCUAUGUGGAGGCCACCGCCGGUUCCCGGGCCAAGAUGUCACGCAGCAUUUCCCUUGAGGACAGUAAAGGCCCUGUCCUGGCUGAGCUAGCCAGGCCUCCCUGCAGGCCCUCGUCCUUGGGGGAGCUGUCCUCCCUGGGCCAGGAGCUCCGAGCCAUCACCACCACAGUGACACCCAGCUCUGACAGUGAGGGCCAAGAACCUGCCCUGCCUUCCCGGGGCAAUCAUGAGGCCCGUGCCAGCCUGAAACUCACCCUCUCGAGUAUCUGUGACAGGCUCUUACUGCCCCCACCCCAGCUAGAACCUUCUGCCAUGUGUGUCUGGUCCCAGGAACCUGUGGCCAUCCAGCCCAAUGUCAUGGUCACAACGGCCAGCUUCUCGGCUCCUAGCCCUGUGAAUGUGAGCGCCUCAAGGCUCCAUAACUCCACCUUUCUCCCAAGGUUUCUAGCCCCUGAACCCCUGAAUACCUCUGCCCACCCCAACAGCCCCCCGCUUCCAGAGGCCAGGCCCGGGGUCCCUGGGAACAUCAUCUCCCUCCUGGAGUCUGCUCCUGAUGCUCUCAGUCCGGUCCAUCGCUGCCCUGGACACUGCGGGCAACCCAGGGUGCCAGCCAGGGUCCCGCCCCCAGGUCCCCUUGAGCUGAGCAAUGUGGGGAGCAUUGUGCACAGGCUGCAGACUGCCUUCCAAGAGGCCUUAGACCUGUACCACAUGAUGGUCUCCAGGGACGAGGUGAGCGCCGAGCAGCAGCAGGCACAGACUGAGCUGGCCUCCACUUUCCUUUGGAUCCACAGCCAACUAGAGGCCAACGACUGGCUGGUGGGGACUGAUGGGGCCCCAGCCCAGGCCCUGCCCAGCCCAGGUCCCCCCUCCCCACCUACUUUGUGCCCCUUGGCCAGCCCAGAUUUGCAUGCCCUGCUGGAACACUACUCAGAGCUGCUGGUGCAGGCUGUGCGGAGGAAGGCACAGCGGGACUGAGGGUUGGCAGCCCCUCCACCCCAGCCCUGUGCUUCAGAAGAAAUAGGUAUUUUAAGCAAAUAAACUGACAGCUUGGGGGAGUGGUUCCUGGUGCCUGUCCUGGCGCAUCCACAAAGCCCCUGCAGGUGGCUGCAGGGAAAGAAGGUAGAGGGGGAACUCCCAGGUGCCCCAGGGCCAGGCGCUGUCCCAGGACUCCGUCAUGGGGAACACAGGACUUUGGGAACGGCAGUAACAAUUACCCAGUGUCUGGCUCCUAUGUCGCCUGUCCCCAGCCCACUGAGCUGUUGUGAAAUCACAUGUGGUUCUCGCCCCGGUGCCUGCCUGCACCCUAGGGAGGGGCCAGCCUUCUUCCUUGCCCUCUACUGAUGCCCAAGAAUCCAUUGGAGCCACUGUAAUCACCACGUGCCAGACCCUGGCCACCCAUGGCCACAGCACUGGCUCACGGUCCCUGGGCCCGGCCCAUGCUGGGUCCUACAAGCUCCAGACUUCUGUUGCCAUUUGCAGCAGGGGAAAUUGAGGAAGGACAAACAGGCUUACCCACUGGACCAUGCAGGCAGCAUGCCCAGGCCACCCAACAGCUGAGACCCGUGAUUCCUUCCCCAGCCAGAGGACUGUGACCAGCUUCAGCAUCCUGUGAGCUCCCAGCACUGGUACCAGCUUCCCCAGGCAACAGGCAUCUAGCCACGUGGCAUGUCUGCUAAGAAGGCCCCUCUUGUGACCACAAAAGUCUUCACUGUCCCAAGCCUGUAAUAAGGAAGCCAGCAGGAGCAGGGCCCUCUCCUCAAGCACAGUCCUACCACUGGUCUGCUUGGCCUGAACCCCUGCUUGCCUGGGAGUGUCUCCCUGCUCCGUUGGUGAUCAUGGCCCACCAGAAACAUAGGGUCCCACAGAGCUGAGCCUCAAAACCAGGCUUGCCUGGUGGUAGAGCCAGACCCUUCAGCACGAGGACAUGGUCCUCUGUUGCCCCUGUAAACACUGAACCAAUCAGGCAGGUGCUGAAAGACCUGGCAGCCCCCAGGUACCUGUCACGGUCAUGCAUGAAGGGUGGGAUGAGGAACAGGACAAGCAAAGCAGCUGCCCUUGUGGCAUUUGUUUUCUAGAGAAGGAAACACGACAGGAAUUAAAGUAACUAAGUGUAGGUAUUCGGAGGGAAUUGCCUGCGCUGGUCGAAGGUCAGAGAAGGCCUUUGUGAGGUGACAUUGGAGCUGAGGCUUGAUGGAGGGCGCAGGCCUUGUAGAAAGUAUCCGGCGGAAAGAAUAACCAGUGUGGAGGCCCCAUGGCAAACUCAGACAGACACGUGAGGAGCAGCAAUGAAACUAGGAGGCUGAAAUGGAGCGAGCUUAGGGAGAGGGGAGGAAGAAGGGGUCCUACUGGGCAAGGCCUUGUGGCUUCAUCUAUUUUAUUUUAGUCUUUUUAGGGCCACAUCUGCGGCAUAUGGAGGUUCCCAGGCUAGGAGUUGAAUCGGAGCAGUAGCCACCAGCCUACACCACAGCUCACAGCAACACUGACCCACUGAGUGAGGCCAGGGAUCCAACCUUCGUCCUUAUGAAUUCUAGUCAGAUUCGUUUCCACUGAGCCGUGAUAAAAAACACCUGCUUCAUCACAUUUAAAUCCAAGACACAUUCACAAUACAAAUUUUCCCCCUAAGUAAAACCCCUGAUCAUGGUGUUUGGGAAGAUGCCUGGGAUUGUUUAUUUCCCAAGGUCCCCUCCUCUGCCUCAGGGAGCCCAGGCGGUCCAGGACUCAUAGGUGCCACUUCUGCCAGGAGGCUCCUUGCCCAGGGCCCACGGGCCACCCCUGUGAACUGGAGAUCCCCUCACCCUGCCCCUGCCUAGCUCAGCCAUGGGUGCCUAACGCUGAGGUGGGGUUUGGUGUCAGGCCCCUGGACGCCCAGAGUACCACCUUGAGCCUGUUCCCUCAUGGAUUUAUCCCUUGUCCCACCCUGUAUCACAGUUAAGUCUUCAACUCCAGGCAGCAAAUGCCUGGCUUAAGGGGCCCCAAGCUACAGGGACAUUUAUUCUUUUUUUUUUUUUUUUUUUGUCUUUUUGCCUUUUCUGAGGCUACUCCUGCGCCAUAUGGAGGUUCCCAGGCUAGGGAUCUAAUAGGAGCUACAGCUGCCGGCCUCCACCACAGCCACAGCAACGCGUGAUCCCAGCUGUGUCUGUGACCUACACCACAGCUCAUGGCAACGCCAGGUCCUUAACCCACUGAGCAAGGCCAGGGAUUGAACCUGAAACCUCAUGGUUCCCAGUCGUAUUCCUUAACCACUGAGCCAUGAUGGGAAUUCCCAGGGACAUUUAUUCGUGAUUCUAUUCCUGUUCUGUUUUACCCUCUGAGUCACACUCUCCAGCUUAGGCCCUCACAAUGGCAACGUGGCUGCCAUAGCUCCCAACAGUACGCCCCUCACCAAAACAGGAGCAAAGGCACAAAGUAGGUGGCUACCAGCAUAGUGCAGAAAAAGUGCAAAGCCUUUCUAGUGCCUCCCCUUUCAGAGCAGUGUCAGGCAAACAAAAGGAGAUGGCCUUAAUUCAGUUGGACCAGCCAUCUCUCUUGUCCUGGGUAAGUUGCUGUUAGAACAAAAUUGGGUUCUCAGCACAGAAGAAGGAUGGGCUGGUACAGGAUCCAGUGUAUCUGUCACUCUCCAUCUUCUAGCCCCAAUCUCCUCAGCCCUGGAAGAACCAGACUUUCCUUGGACAAAUGAACUGGUUAAGUAAGAAACCACUGAUGGAUGUGUAUUAGCCAGUGGCUUAGCAGGAAGAGGCAGCAUGUUUGUGUGCCGUAUUUCAAAGAGUUUAGCAAAGGGAUCAGUUGCAAAGGAAUGGGCAAGGAGUAGGGAAACCUCAGGCCAGUACAGUACCCUGGACUGGUGCCACCUCCCUCCGGCCACAGGGCACAGGGAGCAAAGUGGAACCCAGAAGAGCUCAUCCUGCACAGGCUGCCCCGACGGAGCUGUGUUCCCAGAAACCCCACAGGGAGGGAGUUGGGAGAACCCCUCCCCCAUCUUUCAUGGGGCUCCUCAUUACCCUAACCCUAUUGGAAGCCAGAGGGCACGGGUGCCAGAUGAUGGUGCCCAUCCAGGUCAGCCUCCCAGGGACAGGACAGAAAGGGGACCUGGGGAGCAAGUAGAGAUACCUAGCCCCAGAGUUCUUCCCCGAUGGGUGUUCAGCAACAACUCAGGAGGGAACCAGUUGUCCCAAGAGACACGGUGUUGGGCAUGGAGAACUGGGCACCUGAGAGAAAGUGGCUCCUUCAGUGCACCUGGCCCUUGCACACCACGUCAGACCUGGGCCAGACACACCAGUCCGAUAACUGGGAGAUGAGAGGCUUCACGUGGGCUGAUUGAAACUCAGGUGCUUGCCUAGCCACCCCAGCCUUCAGGACUUUCUAGCAUUCUCCGCCUGAGAUCUACGUGGAUUUUCAGCACAAACCAGUAGUAGGAAGACUCAUUAGUCCAGUUUCCAGAUAAAGAAACAGGCUCAAGAAGACAUGACUUGCUGCCCCAGGUCCUGCAGAGAGAAAGUGACAAAGCCCUGGGCCAGCAGACUCUCAGUGCUGCCCGCCUUGCUACCCAAACGGCAUCAGCAAGACUGACUUUCAGGAAAUGUGAAGAAAUGAAUAAAUACUGCAUCUUUCACCACCCAG